CGGAGCAAGCAUAUAUGGAUAACCAUUUCACAACUCGCGUCGUCAAUUCUUUGGUUCUCGUAUGGCUAUGUUGUUUACUCAUGAAAUUGAGCUCGGCUUCAAAUGUCACACAUACUGUCAACUGCAUUGCUGCUGAGAGGAGAGCUCUUAUUGAUUUCAAACAAAGCUUAUUGGAUCCUUCAAGUAAGCUUUCUUCUUGGAUGGGUGGAAAUUGUUGUCAAUGGCCUGGCAUAACUUGUGAUUUCAUCACUGGAAAAGUCACGAAGAUUGAUCUGCGAAACUCGUUGGGUUUCACCAUUUUCUAUUCUCGUUAUUAUGAUUCUGAUUAUGAUUGGCCAGUAUUUAACGAGAUUGCCGUAAUACAAGAGUACAAAAGAACUUGUCUGGGAGGUAAUAUAAGUCAUUCUCUACUUGAGCUCAAACAUUUAAAUUAUUUGGACUUGAGUCUCAAUAAUUUUGAAGGUGCUCCAAUUCCAUAUUUUUUUGGGAAGCUUAAGAACUUGAGGUAUCUCAAUCUCUCUUCUGCAAAUUUUGGUGGGGUGAUUCCCUCUCAGCUAGGGAACUUGUCAAAUUUGAAUUAUCUAGACAUUCAAUCAUAUAAUAAUUUACUGAUAGAUGAAAUAUCAUUGUCAUCUCGAUUGUCUCGUAAUGGAGACUUGCAAUGGCUCUCAGGUCUAUCUUCUUUAAAGUACCUUGAUAUUGGACAAGUGAAUUUGAGUAAUGUACAAGCAACUUGGAUUCAUGUAGUCAAUACAUUCUCUUCUUUGUCAGAACUACACCUAAGUGGUUGUGGUAUUUCAAGUUUCGAUGAUUCAAUUGGCUUUCUAAAUUUCACUUCCCUGAAGGUUCUUGAUCUAUCGUUCAAUUUAAUAAGUUCUUCGUUUUCAUGGCUAUCUAAUCUUACUAGCCUUACAAAACUUGAUAUAAGAUAUAAUACUUUUCAAGGUACAAUUACCCAAAAUUUUGUGAAAUUGAAAAAUCUUCAAUAUUUUGACAUGAGCGUGACCAGAUUUGAUAAAGUUGAAGAUCACAUACCAAACUUUUUACGAAAUCUUUGCCGGUUAAAAUAUCUUAGUCUUCAGGGCAACUACUUUGGUGGUAAACUCGAUGAGUUUUUUGGUAGUUCUCCUAAUUGUUCCCGGAAUAAGUUGGAAACCUUGGACUUGAGUGAUAAUAGAUUGGUGGGAGAGAUACCAAAUUCAUUAGGGACAUUUGAAAACCUGCGAUCUCUUGAUCUUUCAGAAAAUGAGUUGUGGGGUUCACUCCCAAAUUCUAUAAAUAAUUUGUCAUUAUUGCAAAUAUUGGAGGUCUCAUUUAACAACUUGAAUGGAACUCUACCUCCAAGUUUUGGACAACUUUCAGAAUUAGUUAUGUUUGAGAGUCGUGGAAAUUCAUGGAAAUCAAUCAUAACAGAAACUCAAUUGAUGAAUCUGACAAAGUUGGAAAAAAUUAUUAUCACCCAAGAAGAAAAUCAACAUCAACAUCUGAUUUUCAACAUAUCACAUGGUUGGAUUCCUCCUUUUAAGCUUAAGUUUCUUUCUUUGCAAAAUUGCUUUGUUGGCCCUCAAUUUCCAGUUUGGCUUCAAGUUCAAACUCGACUAACUAUCGUCAGUCUCUCUAAUAUUGGAAUUUCUGAUUUUAUACCACAUAAGUGGAUUUCUAAGAUAUCUUCUCACAUCAUUAGCUUGGAUUUGUCCAACAACUUGUUCAAGGGAGAGUUAUCUCACAUUUUCACGCCUCAAGACGUACAAUCAAUUGCUGCAAGUCACAAUCUUGAGGAUUCAAUCUCACUAAGAUAUCCUAAUCUACGGAUCCUACGUCUUCAAAACAAUUUAUUGUGGGGUCCUAUACCCUCAAACAUUGGUGAUUUGAUGCCCCAUUUGGUAGAAAUGGAUUUGUCACAAAAUCAUCUCCAUGGUACGAUUCCAUCAAUGUCCAAAAUGAGAUAUCUUCAAGUUUUUUCUGUAUCAGACAAUCAACUUUCAGGGGAGCUGGUUGACGAUUGGGAUAAAUUGAGAGCAUUAUGUAUCAUUGAUUUGGGCAACAAUAAUCUACAUGGUCAAAUUCCAAAGUCAAUAGCUUUGAUGACAUCUCUCACCGAAUUAAUAUUGAGGAACAACCAUCUCCAUGGAGAAAUUCCAAAAUCUCUCCACAAUUGCUCAGACCUUAAAAGCAUUGAUCUCAGUGGAAAUAGGCUCUACGGAAGCCUCCCUUCAUGGGCAAUGCCAGAGUUGAGAUUGCUAAAUCUACGAUCUAACCUUUUUAGUGGAACUAUCCCGAGACAGUGGUGCAAUAUUUCUUUGCUUCAUAUAUUAGAUCUCUCCAACAAUAAUCUUUGGGGGGAAGUUCCAAGUUGUUUGGCCAAUUGGACAGCUUUCAUUUCUGGCCCCUACGAUAUUCUUGGAUUGCACUACUAUAAGAUUAGUGGCGGAGCUACACUAUAUUCCAAGCACGAAGAGAAAACAAUGUUGGUUAUGAAAGGAAGAGAGAUGGAAUACAGUACCACACUCGAAUAUGUUAUGACAAUAGAUCUUUCAAGCAACAAAUUGAGUGGUGAAAUUCCAAAUGAGAUAACAAAGUUCGUCUCUCUGGGUACUCUAAACUUGUCCAACAAUCAUUUUGUUGGUACCAUUCCAGAAAAUAUUGGAGGCAUGAAACGAUUAGAGACGCUUGAUCUCUCCUGCAACCAUCUCUCUGGAAACAUUCCUGCAAGUCUAAGUUCGCUAGAUUUCUUGGCACAUCUGAACCUGUCAUUCAAUAAUUUGACGGGCAGCAUACCAAAGGGCAAUCAUCUUCAAACACUGGAAGACCCCUCCAUUUAUGAAGGCAAUCCUUAUCUAUGUGGAUCUCUUGUCCAUACCAAGUGCCCAUGGGAUGCUGGGGAGGAGGAGGAUGGGGAGGAGGAGGAUGAUUCGGAAAUAGUAAUGUUUGGGUUUUAUAUUAGUAUGGCAAUUGGUUUUCCUGUUGGUCUCAACGUCCUGUUUUUUGCCAUCUUCACAUGCCAGAGGAGGAGAAUAUGCUACUUUCGUGUUGUGGAUCGUGUGAGCUACUUCAUACUGGAAAAGAUUGGUUUUUUACAACUGAUCCAGUGAGAAGAAUGAGAUGGAGAAGAAGCUAACUGAAUCAGGGGCCCUAGAGUCUCCAUUGGCGAGAGUGUUUGGUGCUUUCAUAUGUUCAUCUUUUCAACAUAAAUUUAUUGCCGAUGGAGAAGACUUAAUUUUAGUUUGUAAAUAAUGAAGAUGCAGCCUUGAAAGAGUUUUGAGGUAAAUCGCAACAUUGAUGUUGCUGUUGAAAGAGCUGGGGGCAUGCACCUGUUAGAAAAGUGGACUUUAUUAUUAUUAUUAUUAUUUUUUUCCUUUUCAGGUUCUAUUUCUCAAGUUGAAUGGUUUCUUAUGUCAAGUGAACAUCUUUAUGGGUGUCUGAAGUUGAUGUUAGCUGCAGUCUGCUUUUAGUUUAUUUGAUAGAUAUGUUUUUUUACAGGAAGUGGAUUUAUUCCCUAGGAAUUUGGAGAAAGUUCUCUCCAUUUCUAGGAGCAACAAUGAGUAGUCUCCACAUAUGCAACAGUUUUUUCUUCUAAAACAAAAUGUCUUGCAUUCUAAAAGCUUCUUACUACCCAUUUAGUUUUCUCGUUUAGUGUCGGUUAAAAGGCUAGUUCGGUAAUGUUCCGCUAUUUCUUUUUUUUGUUCCCCAAUUUCUAAUUGGUUCCAAAAUAUAAAUUAAAAGAUUGUUUUAUCUCACUUAAAUUUAAAUUUAUGGUAUGACCACCAGUGUAUGACCAGGUCCAAGGCAUGCAUACAAGACAUGACCAUGAGCCAAAUACAAGGCAGAACUAGAUCUAGACCACGACCAGGUCCAGGGCAUGACUUGGCCUUACCGACCAGGUCUCGGCUGAUCGCCCGAGAACUUUGACAAUGUUCAUCUGAUAGCCUGAACCUACUUCAACCUUGGUAAAAUCUUACUAUAGGCCGAUGUACCCUGAAUUCGACAUCUAGCCCCUCAACAAAAUACCUAGGCCCAAAAAAGCUAGAGUUGAACCUCUAUAAAUAGAAGAGCAAGCUAAACUUUAAAAAGAUAUGCUUAGUGUUGUUUGGUUUUGCAGGUUUCGAUCCCUUUUUAUUCUUGGAGAUAAGAUUGGUGCGAAUUUGACGAAUCUUGAAGGGCCAAAUUUCUGCAUCA